UUAUUAAUGACAGUUUGUCCCUGUAUUAAUGGCUUCCUGGUUUGUUCCAUGCAGACUGGGGAGUAAACAUUUUUCUGAGCUGAAGAAGAUGCAGACAGGAGCACUAGCACUGCUGUUUCUGUCUGUCUGUGUGUUCACGAAACAAUGUGAUGGCAGGGUGUUCCUGAGUGCUCCACCUCCUGUUUCCUUGGCGGAGAAAGUCUCAAAAAAUAUCACCAUUACAGCAAGUUCUUCUCUGAAUGUUACUGUGUACAUCUACUUCAAUAUUACAUAUAACUCAACAAACAUCUCUUCAAUAAUUUAUCUUCCACAAGAAGUUAUUUUACCAGCAGAAAAUGUAUCAACCUGUUUUGAAGUGCAAGCAAAAAGCGUUGGACAGGUCACUGCUUAUCUGUACAGCAACAACACUGAAAUCCAAAGCCUUCAAACAUCAUUUAUAGCAGAGAGAUCAAGGGCAAAAGCUCUCUUUUGGCUACAGUGGGACGGGCUUGAACAGACCUUUGGAUCUCAAAAGUAG